AUGAGCAUCGUCGCUGGCCGGGAAGUUACGAUGCUGGAGAUGGGAAACAGGGUGCUCUGUUUCUAUCGCACCACAGCCGGGGCCACUAGCGAUGCUGGCAACGGCGGCGCGACGGUGAUCGUGCAGCCGAGAAGCAGCGGCAGCGGUGGAGAAGGAGGAGUCGGCGGUGUCACGGUUGGGAACAAGGGCAACCGCUGCGACCCAAGGGCAGGCAGCGAUGGUGGCGCGGUUGGGGGCAGUAGAGGCAGCAAUGGUGGCGCGGUUGGGGACAACGUCGCCAACGGUAGAAGGAGGGGGUUGGUCCGCUGGCCGGGAAGCAGCGGCUACGGUCCUUCUCGCUCGAGCAGGAUGGAGCAGCAAGGAGGGAAGACUGUUGGCCGAGGAGCAACAGCGACGGUGGUCACCGAUUGGAAAGCAGCGGCGACGAUGGGGCUCGCCGAAAGCAGGGGAAGCAAGGGCCCCUUUCGACCAAAUGGGCUUCGGAUGGGAGAAGAUGUGGUUGUGGUAGUUACGAUGCAACGAGGAGGGGAGGUUACUGGUUGA